UUAUGCCAUUUCUUCCAUACUCUAACCAAGAGAUACGAAAUAUAGCUCCAAGGUAGAAAUCAAUGGCCACAGGGGCAGCUGGAGAUGGACUUUUCCGGGGUGUGUUCGAAGGGUGCAUUUCAGGCGGCGACAUGGGUAUCCGAAGAAGGCCGUACCAUAAAAAUUGUGGGUGCCAACUACAUAAAUUACGUCAAAAUUGCUCGCAUUUGUCAAAAUAUAGAAGCGUGGCCUAUCCUAUUAGGCGAUCUUGGAGUGAAGGUUGCCUCUCAUUGAUGGCAUCCGGGCUCUCGUUGUCCCCUUGUUCUUCCCCGACCAAAUCCUCUGAGGAGAUGACAAGGACGCUAACGCAAUUAAAACUAUGGAAGGAAGAAGAAGAACAAGAACAAGAGACUAAGGUUUGAUCCUUUUAAUUUAUAUUGGUCUCUUGCCCUUUUUUUUUCUUUUUCUUAUUCUUUUUUUUGUGGGAAUAAUUUUAUGAAAGUAAAUGGUUUGGUUUUCGUUUUUAA